GACUUACUCGACUGCUUUCAGGAGCGAGUGCUGAAGGAGAACAUGGACUGAACAGGCUCGUGUACGGAGAUUUGCGGCAUCAGGACAGAGAUCUUCACACGGACACAGAUUCAGCACAGCAGCAGAGGAUGGCCCAGCUGGACAGUGAUCUGUUCUCCGAGCAGGAGCUGACCUGCUCCAUCUGUCUGGACCUCUUCAGUGAGCCGGUCUCCACUCCGUGUGGACAUAACUUCUGCCAGGGCUGCAUCGGAGGCUACUGGGCAUCCAGCUCUGUCUGCAGCUGUCCUCUGUGUAAACGGGUGUUCGAGGAGCGUCCGGAGCUCAGCAUCAACCGGGUGUUCGCUCACAUCACCCACAAGUAUAAAGAGAUGCAGUACGGCGGGCCUCCUCAGCCCAAGCCCAGGCUGAGAGCGGCUGUGGCCGAGGCCGAGCAGGUUCUGUGUGACGUCUGCAGCGGUAAGAAGAAGCCGGCGGUGCGCUCGUGUCUGACGUGCACAGCGUCGUACUGCGAGCUCCACGUGGUGCCACACCAGCAGACGGCAUUCUACGCCUCGCACCGCUUGCUGGAGCCCCACGAGGCCAUGCGGGGCCGCACCUGCCCCGAGCACGGCCGGCUGCUGGAGGUGUACUGCCGUACGGAUCAGAAGUGCAUCUGUGCCAUCUGUGUGCUGGAGGAGCACCGCACACACACCACCGUCUCGGUGCAGACCGAGCGCGCCAGCAAACAGAGACUCCUGGGAAAAACUGAACUGGACCUUCAGACAUGUAUUGACAAAAGAAAUGGCCAGCUGACCGAGUUGAAGAGCAAACUUCACGCCUUGCAGAGCUACUCUCAGGCCGAGCUGUCCGAGGUGGAGCAGGUCCUGUCUGACCUCACACACUCGGUGGAUCGCAUCCGCGGCGAGCUGGUGGGCGGGAUCGAGGAGAAGAGAGAGGCUGUGAUUGGACGAGGACAGAGCAUGGUCACGCAGCUGGAGACGAAGCUAACGCAGCUGCAGGAGCGCAGGGGCCGCCUGGAGACGCAGGCCGUGUCAGAUGACCACAUCGGCUUCCUUCAGAGUUUCGAGGAAGCCAACAGUCCCCUGCAGGACUUGGAAACGGACAUGCGUGAAGUGGAUGAGCUGACGCUGCGCUUCUCACUUGGGGACGUGAAGGCAGCUCUUGGAGAGAUCCGGGAAAGACUGGAUGACAUCCGCUUUGGAGAAGUGCAUUACCGGCAGUCUGUGUCAUCAUUAGCAGAGAGUGAGAGUAUGAUGAGCGUUCGAUCGAUGAAGAGGAAGGAAUGGUCACUGAAAGAUCUACGGAAAUUAAAAAUAGGCCACAAAAAAGUUAAAACAUAUCUUGAGGAGGUCAGCCUGAAUCCGACCACGGCGUACCCGUUCCUGAUCCUCUCAGACGACCGCAAGCAGCUGAAGCGCGGCGAGAAGCUGCAGUUCUACAGGAACAACUCGCAGCGCUUCGAUGUUUGGUCCUGUGUGCUCGCCAAAGACGGUUACGAGUCCGGAAGACACUACUGGGAGGUGACUGUUGGUGAGAACAAGGACUGGAAGCUGGGAGUGGUGCGAGAGUCGGCCCCGAGGAAGGGUCUGUUCGACAUGACCCCUGCCAUCGGCUACCACGCGCUGUGGUGGAGCGGAAGCCACUUACGUGCUCUGACCGCUCCGCCCCUCUCCAAGGUCAGGCUCUCGGGUCACCUGCGCCGCGUGGGCAUCUACCUGGACUGUGAGGAGGGUCAGCUGGUCUUCUUCAACGCCAAGACAGGCUCUGAGGUGUACUCGUUCACGGUGGCCUUCUCAGAGAAACUCUUCCCGCUCUUCGGCACGGGAGAUAAAGACGUGCCGCUGAUGCUGAUGUCUCCGUUCGUCAGCGUCCCCGAGUGACCCGGGAAGAGCUCCAGACAACAGAAAGAGCGUUAGGGAAUCACAAACUAAGAAACAAGAUUGAAAUGACAAUCUCUUCACAGUGGACCCGCCAGAUGCUGAAAGUAAAUUGUUUAAAAGCUCAAAAUCAUUAAAAGAUCUGAAUGUUUUGAAUGAUGUUAUUUAUUGUAAUAAAAUCAAACUUACUAAUGA